CCCUCUCCUGCCCAUUUUUUAUAUCAACUUGAACUAUUCAUGCAUUUAAUGUCUAAUGAUACACAUAUAGCUCACUCUCUCCCUUCCUCUCUUUCUCUCUCCCCCCCUCCUCUUCCCCUCUCUAGUUUCUGCUUCUCUCUUCACCACCUGUUAGUUAGUCUCCCUCUCUUCUCCGCGCUGGAAUCCCUCUUUUUUUUAUGAGGAGUUGCACACUUGCGCUAUCAGUGAGCGCGAUGACGGUGCGGAAAGGAAAACGUUUUGCCAUUUCCAUCCAGGAGCACAUGGCCAUCGACGUAUGUCCGGGCCCAAUUCGCCCCAUCCGCCAAAUCUCCGCCUACUUCCCUCGCGUGUCGCCCACUUCCUCUUUCUCCGAGCCACUUUCAACCAAUCAGGUGGCAGCUCCCACCGCAGUGAGCCCUGGCGCCGCCGGAGGAGGAGGAGGAGGAGGAGGAGGAGGGAGCAACAGCCUCCUGCCGCCGCUUUUACCGGGGGCGGCGGGCGGAGGGGGCUCACUGUCCGCCAUGAGCAGCAUGGACACCUCCAUCGAGAUCGACAGCAGUGACAGCGAUGACAACACCGCCUUGGGGACGUUAGAGUUCGACCUCCUGUAUGAGAGAGCCACCAGCUCCUUACACUGCACCGUCCUGAAAGCAAAGGGUCUGAAACCGAUGGAUUUCAACGGUUUGGCCGAUCCGUAUGUGAAGCUGCACCUGCUGCCGGGAGCCUGCAAGGCCAACAAACUGAAAACCAAGACUGUCCGCAACACGCUGCACCCCGUGUGGAACGAGACGCUCACCUACUGUGGCAUUACAGAGGAAGACAUGUACCGCAAAACACUCCGGGUGUCAGUGUGCGACGAAGACAAGCUGAUGCAUAACGAGUUCAUCGGGGAGUCGCGGGUGGCCCUGCGUCGCGUGAAGCUUGACCAGACCAAACACUUCAACAUCUGUCUGGAGCAUCCACCCCCUCUGCCGUCACCGACUGCGAUGAGCACCGCGUUGAGAGGGAUCUCCUGCUACCUGAGAGAGUGGGAGACGGAGCAGCAGAGGAGUCUGGAGGAGAGAGGCCGCUUGCUGCUCUGCCUGCAGUACUUCCCCCCGGCCAGCGAUGGCGACGUGAAGGGCGAGGCCAAAGAGAGGGCUCUCGGCGGCCUGUGUGUGGGCGUCAGACGCUGCGCCCACCUGGCAGCCAUGGACGUCAACGGCUACUCAGACCCCUACGUUAAAACAUACCUCAAGCCAGAUGUCCAGAAGAAAUCCAAGCACAAAACAGCGGUGAUAAAAAAGACUCUCAACCCGGAGUUCAACGAGGAGUUCUUCUAUGAAAUCUCGUUCUCAGAGUUAGCCGCCAAGACGCUGGAGGUCACGGUGUGGGACUACGACCUGGGAAAGUCCAACGACUUCAUAGGCGGUGUGUCCUUAGGGUGCCACUCUCAAGGAGAAACUCUGCAGCACUGGAUAGACUGUCUGAAGAACAAGGGCAAGAAGGUGGAGCGCUGGCACACGCUGACCAACGAGCUGCCGGGAUCCGCCCCGCAGGAAUGAGGCGGUCCUCUCCCGCCGGCACUGGAGAGGCUGCCUGGAGAGAGACCUUUCAUCGCAUGCGCUGAGGAUUUUCUGCAUGACUAUGAAGGAUUCAUAUCCUCCUUACCUUGUCAUCCAUUAGAUCAUUUAUUCAUCACGACAUACCCAAGGGGAGUCACACUCACAGACGAAUGCUAUAAUCUUGGAUCUCAAUAGACCGGAUGCAAAUCUAAAGAAACAGUUCUCACCGCAAAGCGCGGUCAUCCUCGUAAUCGUAUUCGGCGGGAUUCACGUCGUUUCUGUGGAUUCGAUGUGAAUCUAAACGCCCAGAUCUCAAUCUGCAAGAAAAAUUAUGAAUCGGGCAAGAAUAUUGAAUGAGGGAGAUAUCUGAAUUACGCAGUUCAAGUCUCAUGUCAAGUGUACUUCCUGUUUAUACAGGCCGGUUACUCAUUGUUAUUAAGUACUGACAUUAAAACUCCAUUAUGACCCCCCAUCUCACGGCACACAUACCUCUCCCUUGCAAUAAUGUUUUGCCUAAUGCUUCCGAAGACCUCCGAGUGGUCUUAAUACUGUCGGGCAUUUUGUAUUUAUUGAUCUGAUCGUCAUGGGGCUGCCUGCAGAAAACAAGAGAGACAAUUGUUUCUUCUAUGUUGACGGAUCGUGUCAGUUCUUUGCAUGUUUGGUGUUGAUGGAGCAAAUAUGUGCCAGGCUCUGCUGCAGGAUGUUCAUCGUUGUGUUGUUCCCAAUUCUCCUGCGGCGUAUUGCUCUGAUUAACUGAAGACGAUUCGAGGGUAACAGCUUUUUAAAAAAAAAAUGAUAUGCUGUUCCGUUGUUUAGUGUCAGCUCUUAUAUCACAGUGUCUGUUUCUUGUCGGUGGCACGCUGAUCUGAUGUUGACCUAAUUUUGCUUCACAAUCUGUUUGGAUGUAGGAGGAGGAGGAGAGUGACGUAAUGAACAGAAAGGUGUGGUUUAUGGAGAGCUGUGCAUGGUCGUACUCUGACACGACGUGAAUAAAAUCAUCAGCCUGUGUUUGAUAUCUAAAUUACAAAUAUGAAUGGUCUAUAGAGCACAGUGGUGUAGCUCUCCAUGCUGCUGCUUUACUGGGGAUCGCAUUGACUACGCGGCAUGCUGAGAUUACCAUGUGUUCAUAUGUAAAUAGUAUAUAUUGUGUUUCACUUGCUUUGGGUGUUUGUUAUUUGGAACUCAAAGUGUGCAUGGUUGUUUUUCAUAAAACGUUCCUAUUGCUUUA